AUGACUUCUGUUGGCGAUGCCGUUGAUGCCGCUGCUCUUGAUCCAAAAUCGGCCAGCGAGGAAAGAGUCUCCUACCACUUCACCACGGUGGAUGGCAGUGAGACAGAUGUCUCUUUGAGUGCGGAAGCGACAGUCUACGAUGCCUGCGCCGCAGCAUCCGCCUGGAGGGGGUUGCAAGUUGCCCGGCUGAGGUUGGUGGCACACGGUCAGGUGGAACCUUUGCCUUUCUGCCGCAAGACGAAACUCUGCGACGUGGCAGGCGGGCAGACGGACCUCCUCGUUGUGAUCUCGCGGGCGUAUGACCUGGGAGAAGCCACUGGGCCUUUGGCGUCCUCCUGCACCCGCUGCCAAUUCGAGCACUACCCUAGCUCCUUGUAUGUUUCGGGGCAGACCCGUGGUGAUGAGAUAGAGAUGGAAGUCUGCGAGGGACAAAGGGUGAGUUUCUUCGACUACCCCGGCCCCGAGCCAGGGCAAACACCUGCCGGAGUGAUCUUUGGGGUGUCACAGCCGCCCUUGUCCGGUCGAAUGCUUAUGCGCGUCUUGGUCCAUCAGCGACGUUGGGCACUCGGAAUUGGUAUUGGAUCGGCGCAGGCUGAUCAGUCUCAGGAUCCAGAGAAUGAUCCUGGCUUCCUGGGCUUGUACCACGGCGGCAGCUCCACCAAUGUGUGUGCAUAUGCCGAGAGAGUUCAUGACGGAGGAUGGGUUCGUGAUCGUGGCUCCAAGAAGUUCUGGACGGAAGAGACUGAGCUUGCCAUUCUCUUCAACUUUGAUGAGGGUACCAUGCAGUGCUUCGAGGGACUGGAGCCAUUCGGCAAGCUGGUUCCAAUUGUCAGCGACAGCUACUGGCCGACGGUGGUUUUGUUCACGCCCGAUGAUGCGGCAAGCAUUGCUGUGGACUUUGUUUGA